AUGACGAGCAUGGCGGCGGCCGGCACAGCGAGAGCAGCACGGCGGGCAUUGCGGCGGCCGGCACAGCGACAGCAGCAUGGCGAGAAGGUGAGCAUGGCGGCGGCAGGGGCGACCGUCGGGCAGCAUUCCGGUGAGCCCGGCCACAGCGUCACGGCGAGCCGACAGCAGCAUGGCGAGAUGGUGAGCAUGGCGGCGGCACGGGCGACCGUCGGGCAGUAUUCUGGUGAGCCCGGUCACAGCGUCACGGCGAGCGUAGCGGUAGCGGGGACAGCGAAAGCAGCACGACGACCAUGGCGGCGGCCGGCACAGCGAGAGCAGCACGACGACCAUGGCGGCGGCCUUGGCGGCGACGGCAUAGCGCGCUUCCCCACCUAUGCCGUCGCCGCCAAGGCCGCCGCCAUGGUCGUCGUGCUGCUCUCGCUGUGCCGGCCGCCGCCAUGGUCGUCGUGCUGCUUUCGCUGUCCCCGCUACCGCUACGCUCGCCGUGACGCUGUGACCGGGCUCACCAGAAUACUGCCCGACGGUCGCCCGUGCCGCCGCCAUGCUCACCAUCUCGCCAUGCUGCUGUCGCUGUGCCGGCCGCCGCCAUGCUCGUCAUGCUGCUCUCGCUGUCCCCGCUACCGCUACGCUCGCCGUGACGCUGUGGCCGGGCUCACCGGAAUGCUGCCCGACGGUCGCCCCUGCCGCCGCCAUGCUCACCUUCUCGCCAUGCUGCUGUCGCUGUGCCGGCCGCCGCAAUGCCCGCCGUGCUGCUCUCGCUGUGCCGGCCGCCGCCAUGCUCGUCAUGCUGCUCUCGCUGUCCCCGCUACCGCUACGCUCCCCGUGACGCUGUAG